AACGGAUGGGACACUUUCAAUGUUAUUUCCACCACUGAUAUUUAUUUACAUUAUUUGGCUAAAAAUUGUAAAGUUGUAUAUUUAUAAAUGUUCUAAAGUCUAAAGAUGCAUGCUGAGAGAUCAUCACAACAUUUUUAAUACUGAGAUAGUGCUGUACGAAAUUAAUAGCAGAGACACCACCAAAUUCUAAACAUGGCUUGUACAUCUACGCCAGACAACGCAUCAUGUGAUUUCACCAUCGUGGUUGAAGGCACUGAAUUUAAAAGCCAUCGGGAAAUUCUAAGUUCAGCUUCAAAUUACUUUGACGCCUUGUUUAGAAGCAACAUGAGGGAGACAAAAGAAGGGAGGGUGGAGCUACAGGGUAUGACAAAUGAGACUUUCGCUGUUGUGUUAAAUUUCAUCCACCAGCGUGUCCAUGGUCUGACGGCGGAUAACAUUGAUGACAUCUGGGAUGCAGCGAAUCGUCUGGAUAUAGCAAUAUAUCUUAAUAAAAUAGAGCAGUUUGUGAUUGAUAAUUUAUCAAUUGAUAAUCUGUGGCGCUUUUAUUUAAAAGCUGUCGAUUUCAACUCAAACAAAGUGAAAGAAGGGUCGCUAAUGUUCAUGAUGAAAAAUUACGAACAUGUUGUGAUGAUGAAAGAGUUUCUGAAUUUUCCUUUUCCUUUAGUGCUAUCUUGUAUUGAAAGUGAGGAGUUGAAUGUCAAGACAGAGGACUCAGUUCUGGAGUCCAUUUUAACCUGGGUUUCUCAUGGGACAUACAGACCAGGUGCUUGUAUAUCAGCUGACUCUAGAGAUACGGGAGCCACGUGUAAAGAUAUCGAACUACAGAACAGUGAGGGACACGCUCGUGACGUCACAACUGACGUCAUAAAGGUUUGUCACAAUUAUGACACAGGAACGAUAACAACGGACAAGCCUGGAGUUAACUUCAGCAAACAUGGUCAUCACGAUGACGUCAAGAAUGAGGACCCGACUGAUGAAGUAACACAAUAUAGCCGGACAGGCGAACGGGCAAAUUAUCUCUCUAAACUCAUGUCUAGUGCCAAACUUACUUUAGCCAGCGCCAGUUACCUUCGGAGUUUACUCAAAAACCCCUAUUUAAUCCAAUGCCCAGAUGCCUAUCACGGAGUAGAGGAAGCCCUGAAAUACAAGUGUGGGGUGUAUCCUUUAGAGAGCGCCAUAUUAACACCUGUUCGAACUUGCAGCGGAAAGAAAAAUGCCUUGGCGUUUGUUGGAAUGGAUUUCUGUCUGCACCUCUACGAUUUGGAAAACAGGACUUUCAGAAAACUCAAGCUAGACAAUUUCAAAGGACGAUACGGAAAGGUUGUGUCUGUAGUAUCGCUGGGGUCAACACUUUGCUUCAUAUGCGAAAGGUACUUAAGAAAUUGUCCUUUCGCCAAACAUAAAUGCCGCCUUGCGACUGUCCUUUUGUUAAAGGAGAAUAAAACGUUGUCCACACUGUAUGAAUUGUGCGGUAAAUACGACUGUCUCCAAACUUUAUUCUGUGUGAAUAACAAAAUUGUUUGCGUAAAAGCAAACGAUCGAUAUGCUGCAACCAGAAGUCGAAUACAUAAUCCAGAUUUACUAAACACAGUCGUAUUAAACUCUGAUAAUGUGUAUCUCUAUGCCUGUGCUUUUGAAAACGAUAUUUUGAUGAUUAUGCGCAAAGAUUUUUUAACAAACCAACCUAACGAUUUACAAGUCCACACUUACAAUCUGGAAACUAAGUCCCUAACAGCAACCAAAAUACCAAAUGUUGGUUGAUUAGAUUUUAUUGCUGUUGCAAUACACAAAGACAAAGACACGUUUCUUUUACUCUCAAGUGGAGUUUUACUUUCGAUCAAGAGAGGUUCUGACAAUGCAAUUAAAUUCACCCCUGUAGUCCAUCUUUGGACAAAUAUUAAUAUGAUGCUAAACGGAGCUGUGUGCUAUAAAAAUGAGCUGACUGUGUUUUGUAUAGCAAGUCGUGUGCCCAAUUGGACGAUUUUGUCGUCCGUGCCGGGACUGUUUGAGAAGAUCAGUGUCGUCGAGCAGACGGAGGAGAUGUGGCCAACAACUAUGGUGCCUGUGAUAGCUCCCUUGUCUUGGUUCGGGUAAAUAGUUGUGAGUUUUUGACAGAGCUUCUGUUGUUCCAUCAUCUGCUUUCACCAUUCUUUGGAAUAAAGGUCGCCAGUCAAUGAAAACCAUUCUAUAUCGUCAAACACAAUAUGCCAAAAAAAAAAGAGUGAGAAUAACAUUAGCUCAGCGAGUCAUAUAAUUUUAGCGUUUGACCAACGAUAAUAUUCUAUUUCUUCGAUUUACUGACUACAGAAGAUCGUUCUGUACAGUCAGCUACCUUGAUCUAAUUCGAUCUCACCGAAGACCAGCUAGUUAUAUUACAACGUUUUACGUGUAUACAUCACUAUUUACACAUUAUCUUGUGUCUUUUAUUAUGCUUAUCACAUUUACGC